AAAUAUUGAGAGUGGGAAAUGAAAAGUCGCUACUUUACACCAAACGAGGUUUUAGCACAUAAUUCACCCGAAGACUGUUGGGUCUCGUUUCUUGGACAUGUUUGGGAUCUCACACCAAUAUGCGCACAGAACAAGGGUAGCAUACUUCUCCAGCCAAUCUUAAACGAAGCUGGUAGAGACAUAUCGCACUGGUUUGAUGCAAAAACUGGUGACGUUCGACAUCACAUUGAUCCAGUUACGAACUGUUACGUACCUUACACCCCCUUUGGUCGAUUUGUUCACAUACCACCACCUUAUCCAACGACAGAUUGGGCUACAGAUUUCGGUAUACCUUGGUGGAAAGAUGAGAGACUGAUUGUUGGAUAUUUAACUAAGAAGACAAGGUUUGUACGUAUUUUCAAUACACUUGCGCUACUUCAACACGAAAUUGAGUCAAAAAUAUAUUACUAUCUCGGCCAUUUGAUCAAAUGUGAAAUACCUCUAGCGCCGAAUUCAGUGACUUAUUAAACACAAUAAUACAAGAAGAUAGUAUGCGUUGAGGAGACUAUUACAGAUAUUCUUGUUCGUUACUUAAAAUUUAAUUCACACGCUGCCUCGUAUACAUGGAAGUAUAAUGGUGUUGUACUAGAUAUGGAGAAAAAUCUUGAGGAGAAUAAUAUUAGGGAAGAAAUACAAGAUAUUGAAGAUUUAUUUAUGCCUCAAAUAUAUCUUUAUUACAAUGACGAUUUGACUGAGGCAUAAUUAAACAAUAAGUCAAAAGAAUAAUUUAUGAUUUCAUGGUUAUUUGUACGCAACAAAUAUAAGUACCAUUAUUUACAUGAAAGUAAAUUUCUUUAGGGACUUUCAUUUGAUAUGAAAAAAAUCUAUUAAUUUAAAAAUUUCGUUUUCUUAUGUGUUUUAUUGGCUGUUAUACAUGUUUAAAAUAGUUUCUGUGAUCAGGUUUCAAUGAUAAACCAAGAUCUAUGAAAUAUAUAAAACUGAAAAUUAAACAGUAACUCACCGAUUGAUUAUAACUGACUGAU